CAAUAAAAUUUAUUAUAAAAAUUUCUUCUUAGAUUGUGAAUAAUAAAGUAAUUUUAAAUAUGUCUGUAAGAGUUGCUAGUCAUGCUGGUAGCUGGUAUACAUCGGAUGGUGCUGAGCUUAACAAUCAACUUGAUCAUUGGCUUAAUAAAGCGGAACUUAGUUAUGGUCCGGCGCGAGGAAUAAUUGCCCCACAUGCUGGUUAUACUUAUUCUGGGGAAACGGCAGCGUGGGCGUAUCGUCAAAUUAGUCCUGCAACUGUAAAAAGAAUUUUCAUUCUUGGUCCAUCGCAUCAUGUCAGACUAAGAAAAUGUGCAUUAACAAUUUGUAAAAAGUAUCAAACACCGCUUUAUGAUCUCAAAAUCGAUUCAGGAGUUGUUGCAGAAUUAGACGCAACGAAAGAAUUUCAAUGGAUGGAUAUGAAAACGGAUGAAGAUGAGCAUAGCAUUGAAAUGCAUUUACCUUAUAUUGCUAAGGUGAUGGAAGACUUUAAAGAUCAAUUUACGAUAGUUCCAGUUUUGAUUGGAUCCUUUUCACCAGAGGUUGAAAAAGUUUAUGGAGAUAUAUUCGCUAAAUAUCUCGCAGAUCCUCAAAACUUGUUUGUAAUUUCGUCUGACUUUUGUCAUUGGGGUAGUCGCUUUCGCUACCAACAUUAUGACAAGUCAGCAGGUCCAAUAUGGAAGUCGAUUGAAAAUUUGGAUAAAAGUGGUAUGGAUUUAAUUGAAACAUUAAAUCCGGAAUCGUUUACUACUUACUUAAAAAAAUAUGAGAAUACAAUUUGUGGACGUCAUCCAAUAGGAAUAUUUUUACAAUCGAUCAAAAGUUUGAUGAAACAAAAUUAUCAAUUGAGCUUUAAAUUUUUGAGAUAUGCACAAAGUAACAAGUGCAACAAUCAAAACGAUUCUAGCGUUAGCUACGCUAGUGGAAGUUUGAUAUUAAAUUAAUGGAGUUAUGAUAUCAAGAUUGAAAACUACAAAAAGGUUUCAUUUAAUAUUAAUUUGCUCUCGCUAAUUGAUUUUAAUUACAAAUUUAAAAAAUAUACAAAAAAAAUUCUACAUAAAUAAAGGAAUGUCGAGAAUAAAGAA